GUGCUCCGCGAACCGUUUUAUGUGCAUGAAUGCUUGCUUGCCUUUUAUAAUAGCGUUCUGAAAUACUCUUCAGUUCUCCUUUUUUUUUGUCACGCCGCUCCACAAAAGUAUCCCGUAGCCAAUAUAUAUAUCUGUUUCAAAGUGACAUGGUUCACACACCAUGGGAGACAACGAGGAUCCUGACGCGGCUGCAGCAGCACCAAACAUGCAGUGCUCCCCCUCAGACUCCACCACAGAUGACAGCAGCACCCAAGAUGAUUAUGCGCUCCCCGCCAUCGUACGCUCUCCAACCUGUGCCCGCUGCCGCAAUCAUGGCAUCCGGGUCCCACUGAAAGGCCACAAGAACACUUGCCAGUUCCAGGGGUGCCAGUGUGAAAAAUGUAUCCUGAUCCUGCAGAGACGCCGGGUCAUGGCUGCCCAGGUGGCCUUGCGCAGGCAGCAGGAGAUGGAGCUGAGGAAGCUGACCAGUGGUUUGCUGCAGCUUCAGGACAGCCCCACAUCAAGCUCUCUCCACCCGGCCAAACUACCAAAAGGGAUCAAACCAUGCAGGGGAGACAUAGACAGGAAAGAGAAUGAAGAACCCUUGAAAGAUUCAGAGGAUGGACUCAGAGGGGUUCCAGGGCUCCUACGACGACAAAGGCGGAGAGCAGCCAGGAAGGAAUGUUCUUGGUUGCCUCUCCCUCACUGUUCUAAAGUGACAGAGCUGCCGUGGGCCCUUAGAGGACAUCAACCACCUCAUACUGCUUGGUUCCCACCUCCGCUUCCUAUGCCCCCCGCACCCUUCUGCCCAUUCUUGCCUCAGGAACAUUCUUUUCAGUUUCAAGGUUGUGAUGGUAAUGAAGCGUUAUACAUGCCAGAUAGUUAUAUGACAGCUCCAGGACAGAUGUUUCACCAGACCCCUGGCACGUCCUGGUGCUUACCUUCACCUGCCGAUCUGCCCAGCCGCAUGGCCCUGAAUCCCCUGAGUGGCAACAUGGAUUUCAGCAGACGUCCAAAGGCUGCACCUUUGGGAGGUCAGCCAACCUCUUCUGCUCAUGUUUCGGUCUGGCCCACCAGGGGGUUUAUCUUCUCCCCCCUUUCUGAACAACAGCUGCAGAAAGAGGCCGCUGAAGCCCUGAUGGUGCUGAGAAAUGCUCCCCAGCCAGGUUCCAUUUUGGCCACUUCCAGUCUUCUGCCCCCUACCAGCUCUGCACCUGCUCUGUUGGCCUCAUCAGCUUUCACACGCCCCUCAGCAACAUUUCACAACCCUGGGGUGGCCAGUCCCUUCCAGCAGCAUCCCUCAUACUUCAUGCCUCCAUGUGACAUUCAGCCUGUAAAGGCUUCCAAGGACAUAGCUUUGAAAGGAACCCAGCCGUCCCCAGAGUCAGUUAGUGCUCAUGGAGAACAGGCCCCAGGGCCUCUUUUCCUUCCUUUACUCCAUGGAAGUGCUCUUCCCCAGCAGUACAAAAAUGUCCAUCUAUUCUCAAUUGCUCCAUCCCGGCCACCCCAAGUGGCUACUUCUGUAAUGGUUUCCAGCAUCCAAGCUGUCAAACCCAGCCUCAGAGGGACUUCCAGUGUCAGCCACCACCAUUUUGCCCCAAAUGUGGCAGCCUACCACACAGCCUCAGGCUCCAUGCCACAUACCAUCUGCAUGCCACAAACUGUAGACAGUGGUUGGAUUUCAGAGACAAAUGUUGAAUUCCUUGCUCCGUCUGGCUCCACUCACAGUGGCCCUCAAAUUCUGCCCUUCUGUGUCCCACCAAUGGAUGUGUCUGUCACUUCAGUGCCCCUACAAACUGGCAUCCCAUGCACUCCAUUUGGGAUGGAACUGCACAUGCUUCCCAGGCUGUCACUGUUGAAUCCUACCCCCUACAUUAUAGCUCAGGAAGGUUUCCCAGAGCCAGUUUCCCCCCCAGGGCAGAAAUCACAACAAUGCCAUCAGCAGCAGAGCCAAGAAGGAAAGCAUUCAAGCAAGGGACAGGAAGGAGAAGAACAUGGCAGAAGCCACAAUGCGCCAGGGAUCAAGGAUCCAGAAGGUUCUACAGAAGCAUCGCCUGACUUCCUCGCAUCUAAGCAAGCAUGCAGCCAGUCUGUUCAGCAAGCCUCACCAAGCCAACAACAGCCGAGCCACCUCCACCAGGCCAACACCUCCCCCUCUGUUUCCCUAAGCAUUGGCCAGAUGGGCUCCAUCUCCCUCCCCACCUAGGCUUCUGACAGUGGGAGGGUGCCUGCAUAUAUAAUACUUUCUGAAAAGAAGAUCUCUCCC